AUGCUCCUCGGAAAUGAAGAAAUUGAUCUUGAAAAGGAUAUUUAUGGUUCAAACCUUCUUCAUUUUGCAGUAAUUCACAACAAUACUAACAUGAUUAAGUAUUUAUUUUAUCAUCCUAAAUUUGCUUCAUUUGAUCUAGAUGCACAAAACAGGAAUAGAAGAACAGCUCUUUACUAUGCCGCUAAAAUGGAUAAUAAAGAGAUAGCAGAAUUCCUUCUUUACAUUGGAGCAAAUAUCCACGGAAGCGACGAAGAUGGACAAAACCUUAUUUUUACAACGGUAUCUCAUCAAGGUUAUAAAACAAUUGAUUUGUUCCUUGCAAAUGGAAUUGAUAUAAAUGAGGUUGAUUUUAGCGAUUCAACUCCACUCCACUGUGCUGCAAAAUAUGAUAAUAAAAAGGCAAUCGAAAUUUUAUUAUCGCGUGGAAUUGAAGUCGAUGCGAAGGAUGAAAAUAAAAGGACUGCACUUUCAUAUACUUUGAGAGACCCAGAAUUAAUCAAAAUUUUAUUAUCACAUGGUGCAAAUAUCAAUGAUGUUGACAUUUGGAAUAAAACUCCUCUUCACUAUGCGGCCGAAAAUUGCUAUAGAGAAGGAGUCGAAUUUCUUCUUUCCAAUGGUGCAGAUGUCAAUGUAAAAGAUAAUGGUGAUAGCACUGUUCUUCACUAUGCAGUGAAAGCAAAAGAAUUCUCACUAUCCGAUCUUUUCGGACAUAAGAUAGACCCUGUUUCUUUAAAAUAUAAACUUUCUCAUCCACAUUCAAGUAUCGAAAAGAAACUAAUCGUCGAAAUGCUUAUCUCUCAUGGUGUUGAUAUAAAUGCAAAAAACCAUGCAUGCAGAACUGCCCUCCACUAUGCAGUAAAAUUAGAGCCCAUACAGCUUGUAAACUUACUUCUUGCACACAAUGCAGAUAUUAAUAUCAUGGAUGAAAAAGGUGAUCGCGCUCUUGAUUUCGCAAUAUUAAAAAGAAACAAAGAAAUAAUAUAA